UUGAGGAGGGCGUUUUUUUUUGGUUAUGCCUGAAAAUAAAUUUGAGGAGAUGUUUAGGUUUUAAAAAGAUCAUUUUUUUUAUAUAUAUUAUAAGGUCUCGUUUUUUUGUCAUCUUCAACCCAAAGCAAACAUUUUGAAUCAGCUUUUCAAUUUAUCAACCAUCGACGAUGGAAGCCAUCUUUUUGUCUCUCAUGCUUUGACGCGUCGGCCCAUAUGCAGAGGUGAAACAAUCAUCCACCCAUCCAGAGCGAUAUCUCCUCUAUCCACUUGUUGUUUUCCUCGAUGAUCGUAAUCAGUUGAAGAGGGGUUGGCACAGGGCGAUGGGCAUAUCAAAGUCUUACCAUCUCCUUUCCCAAUUGACUUACUCGCUUCCGGUGUGGGCAAGUUUGAUCGCUGGCGUUUUCCUACUUCUCACCCUUUCCCUUUCCUUAUUUCUACUGUUCGAGCACCUCUCUACUUACAAGAAUCCUGAGGAGCAAAAGUUUUUGAUCGGAGUCAUCCUCAUGGUUCCUUGCUAUUCCAUAGAGUCUUUUGCAUCGCUGGUGAAUCCAUCCAUUAGCGUUGAUUGCGGGAUACUACGAGAUUGUUAUGAAUCUUUUGCCAUGUACUGUUUUGGAAGAUACCUUGUCGCCUGUUUAGGUGGAGAAGAGAGGACCAUUGAAUUUAUGGACAGACAGGGGCGUAUGAACUUCAAGUCACCACUUUUAGAUCACAAUGAUGAUAAAGGAACAAUAAAGCAUCCUUUUCCGAUGAAUUACCUCUUGAAACCAUGGAAAUUAGGUCGAUGGUUUUAUCAAGUCGUCAAGUUCGGUAUUGUUCAAUAUAUGAUAAUAAAGUCACUGACUGCUCUCACGGCUGUAAUUCUUGAAGCUUUUGGUGUAUACUGUGAAGGAGAGUUUAAAUGGGGUUGUGGGUACCCUUAUAUGGCAGUUGUCCUGAAUUUUAGUCAGUCAUGGGCAUUGUACUGUCUGGUUCAGUUCUAUGCUGCAACAAAAGACGAGCUUGCUCACAUAAAGCCGUUGGCCAAGUUUUUAACAUUCAAGUCAAUUGUGUUUCUGACUUGGUGGCAAGGUGUUGCCAUUGCUCUUCUGUAUUCCUUGGGGUUGUUCAAAAGUUCCAUAGCGCAAAGCUUGCAGUUGAAGUCUAGUGUGCAAGACUUCAUCAUUUGCAUAGAGAUGGGUAUUGCUUCUGUUGUUCACCUGUAUGUGUUUCCUGCCAAACCAUACGAGCUGAUGGGAGACCGCUUUACUGGAGAUGUUGCGGUUCUUGGAGACUAUGCAUCUGUUGACUGUCCUAUUGAUCCAGAUGAGGUUAGGGACAGUGAGAGACCAACCAAGCUUCGCCUGCCACAACCAGAUGUUGAUGCCAGAAGCGGUAUGACCAUCAAAGAGAGCGUGAGAGAUGUUUUCGUCGGUGGAGGUGAAUACAUUGUGAAAGAUGUGAAAUUCACUGUAACUCAAGCCGUGGAGCCCGUGGAAAAGAGCAUCACAAAGUUCAACGAGAAAUUGCACAAAAUCUCUCAGAACAUAAAGAAGCAGGAUAAGGACAAGAGAAGAAUUAAGGACGAUAGUUGUGUCUCCACAUCAUCUGGUCGCAGAGUGAUCCGUGGGAUUGAUGAUCCACUUCUAAAUGGGAGCUUUAGUGACAGUGGAGUAACAAAAGCCAAAAAGCACCAGCGAAAAUCAGGAUACACAAGCGCAGAGAGCGGAGGAGAGAGCAGUAGCGAUCAGGCUUAUGGCGCAUUUGAGAUCAGAGGCCGUAGAUGGAUCACCAAAGAUUAGAAAAAGUUUCUCUUCCAAAAGAAUGCUAUAUAUAUCUUCCAAGGGCUGAAACAGAGCACUAGCCCGAGGCUGUAGCAGUUGUUUGUAAAAGGGAUGGCUGAUGUUCCUUCUGCUCAGGACUAAAACAGGUGAAAUAUUGAACAUCUUGUACAGAUUUGACGAUGCUUUGUGUAGCAUGAUUCUUAUUACAAAAAUGAUAAAACCAUGUUAAGUGUUUUUUUUC